AUUCCGCUCUUGACAGGUGUCACGUGCACGUUCACGUGACGUGAUUAAGCCGCGGCGGCGGCUUCCCAAAGCUUAGCUAGCGAAAUCGAUAAUUUGUUCCUUAAAUACCCUCUUGAUUUUAGCCAUGUUGAAGAAGCUAAGCCGCCGAGUCAAAACCAUAAUUACCAAGCCUUUUAAGAAGCCGUCUCGAAAGCCGCCGCCGACCCCGACGCAGAGCCCCGCUUCGUCUUCUCCGGCGUCCCCAUCAUCUCCGCCAAUGUCGCCUCCGCCGCCGGCCGUCGAGGGACGCCGCCGCUCCCUUCCAUAUGUAUUUCCUCAAGCUCAAUCCGCCGUCCUCCCUGAUCCAUCCCGUUUCUUCGCCUCUCAUCUCCUCUCUGCCCCUCUCCCCACAAAUUCCUUUUUCCAGAACUUCGUUCUCAAGAGCGGCGAUCAGGCGGAGUACAUCCAUCCCUAUUUGAUCAAAUCGUACCAGUCUUCCCUAACCCUCUGUUACCCCACGCUGUUCGAUAGUCCUGCUUUUAUUUACCAGAAUUUCAUUUCCGAUCUUACCAUUUCUACGCUCGGAAACCCUAAUCCUGAUGCGGCGCACGUUAUCUCUUCAUUCAGUGACCUAAGCGUCACUUUAGAAUAUCCUUCCAACAAUCUCCGAUUCUUCCUCGUUAGAGGAAGUCCUUUUCUAACCUGCAACGUGAGGUCUCCAACUCCGCUUUCGAUUUCAACAAUUCACGCCAUUCUCGAAUUGAAUCCGAACAUCUCUUGCACCAAGUACACCGUUAAGCUGAACAACAACCAGACAUGGCUAAUUUACGCCUCGUCGGCGAUUAACCUCAGCCACGAUAUCAAUCGGAUUACUUCAGGUGUGUUUUCCGGUGUAAUUAGAAUUGCUGCAUUGCCAGACACAAAAAGCCCCAAAUUCGAAGCUGUAUUAGAUCGAUUCAGUUCAUGUUAUCCUGUGAGUGGCGAUGCAGAUUUCACCAGGCCUUUUUGUUUGGAGUAUAAAUGGGAGAAGAAAGGUUGGGGGGAUUUGCUGAUGCUUGCACAUCCUCUCCAUCUUCGUCUUCUCUCUAAUUCAGAUCCUUCCAUAUCUGUAAUUGAUGAUUUUAGGUACAACAGCAUUGAUGGAGAACUAGUAGGUGUAGUUGGAGAUUCUUGGGUGUUGAAAAGUGAUCCUGUCUCUGUAACUUGGCAUUCGAUUCAAGGCGUCGAUGAGGAUUCGUAUUCGGACAUAAUCGAUGCACUUGUUAAGGAUGUCGGCACUCUCGAUGCUGGUUCGAUCGCGACGACAUCUUCGUACUUCUAUGGAAAACUGAUCGCUCGCGGGGCGAGGCUGGCAUUGAUAGCCGAAGAAGUGUGUUACACCGAUGUCCUACCGGCUGUUCGAAAGUUCUUGAAAGAGGCGAUCGAGCCGUGGAUCGAGGGGACUUUCGGAGGGAAUGGAUUCCUCUACGAUUCGAAAUGGGGUGGCCUCGUAACGAAGCAAGGAUCAUCGGAUUCAGGUGCGGAUUUCGGGUUUGGAAUCUACAACGAUCAUCAUUACCACCUCGGAUACUUUGUUUACGGCAUUGCUGUGCUCGCGAAGAUCGAUCCUGCCUGGGGGAGGAAGUACAGAGCGCCGGCGUAUUCAUUAAUGGCUGAUUUCAUGACAUUGAGCAGGGGAUCUAGCUCCAAUUACACUCGCCUCAGAUGCUUCGACUUGUGGAAGCUGCAUUCUUGGGCGGGAGGGCUGACGGAGUUUGCCGACGGUCGUAAUCAGGAGAGCACGAGCGAGGCUGUGAAUGCUUACUACUCGGCGGCGCUAAUGGGGCUGGCGUACGGCGACAGCCAUCUAGUCUCGAUUGGGUCGACGAUCGCGGCGUUGGAGAUUCAGUCGGCGCAGACGUGGUGGCACGUGAGAGAGACCGAUGUUUUGUAUCCGAAAGACUUUACGCGAGAGAACAGAGUGGUCGGAGUGCUGUGGGCGAAUAAACGCGACAGCGGGCUCUGGUUCGCGCCGGCUGAUUGGAAGGAGACGAGGCUCGGAAUUCAGCUGCUCCCGAUUCUUCCCAUUAGCGAAGCUUUGUUCUCCGACGUCGAUUAUGUUCGACAGCUGGUGGAUUGGACGCUCCCGGCGCUGCGGAGGGAAGGAGUCGGAGAAGGGUGGAAAGGAUUCGUGUAUGCGCUUCAAGGAGUUUACGAUAAAGAAGGCGCCCUCGAUAACAUCCGGCGAUUAACCGGGCACGACGACGGGAACACGUUGACGAAUCUGCUGUGGUGGUUACAUAGCAGGGAUUGUUCUGAUGAAGAACACCACGGCGGGAAGCUUUGCUGGUUUCGACAUUAUUGCCAUUGAGCUUGUUAUGUUUUUUUUUUAUGAUUAUUAUAAUGUUGGAAUUCGUAUCUGCUAUUCCACGAGUUAUGUCGUUUUUAUUUGAUUAUGGAUUAUAUAUAUGUUUGUUCUAAAAUUUAAAAA